ACGUUUUCAACCUUUAACCCCUUAACAGAGAAAUUAAUGAUAUAGCAGCGACCUUCCCCCGCCUAGCACCCUAGUUUCGCCCUAGAACUAUGGAGGACCUUGCGGCCCUUAGCAAGGAGGAGCUUCUGGUGAAAUACAAGAAGCUCAAGGACCAGGCGGACUACGAGCGCCGGCGAGCAGAUGGUCUUGCAGAGGAUCUCAGGCUCGCUCGCGAGCACAACAUUGCGGUGCAAAAGCAAAUUGAGCAAGAGGAGGAGUACAUCACCAACAAGCUGAUGAAGCGCCUGGACCAACUCAAACGGGAGAAGGCGGUGCUUGCCUCGGAGGUGGCGCAAGAGGAGGAAUUCCUGACCAACACCCUGCAGAAGCGGCUGGAUAAGCUGGCCAAGGAGAAGGUGGACCUGGAGAACAGGCUGGAGGCGGAGCAGGAGUACGUGGUCAACAAGCUGCGCAAGGCCAUUGAGCAGCUCAGUGUGGAGAAGAGCAAGCUGAUGAGCGAGAAGGUGGAGCUGGAGAACCAGCUGGAGUGCGAGCAAGAGUACAUUCUGAACCGGCUGCAGAAGCAGGUGGACAAGCUGGCAAGUGACAAGCUGUCGCUGCAGAAGGAGAAGGCGGACCUGCAGCGGACGGUGGCGGACCUGGGUGCGUCAGUGGACAAGCUCAACAAGGACAAGGUCAACCUGGAGAACAUGCUGGAGAUGGAGGAGGAGAGCAUCACCAACAAGCUGCAGCGGCGGCUGGAGGCGGUGGUGUUCAACCUGCGCCUGAUUGAGUCGAAGAUGGAGGUGAAGGGUAUCACGCUCAGAGACCUGGGCAUCACAGCGUCGGAACUCCAACACGGAGACGGGAUGCGCAUCUACAGCCGCAGCCCCUCCAGCACCAACAACUCGUUCGACCGCGUGCUCAGCGGCGGGCUAAGCGGACCCAUGAGCGGUUCCCUGGCGGCAGCUGCUGCGGCGGCCGGGCAGGCGGGGCAGCACGCGCACCCGCACGGCGCGUCACCGCCCGCGCACGCGCAGGGGCUGCUCAGCGGCAGCCGCCGUGAGCGGCCACUGAGCGCGCAGAGCAACACGCACCCUGAGCUAAUGGCCAAGUGAAGGGGGAGGGGGCAGUUUUGGGUGUGACAGCCCGUCGCCGCAACAGGCGAUCACAGGGCGCCAACGCUAGGUAUCGCAGACGCACGAUAGUAACCUUGUUUGCAAGGUUGAUUGGAAAGAGGGGGAUGCAGGAGUCGUCCGGUUGUGGGGGCUGGGUAUGUUAGACUGCUCCUUCUCAGGUUUUGUCGGUAAAUGUGCAUAUCCAUGACUCAUUAGGCUGCGUAGAGGAUGCUGUGAGAUGACUGUCUUGUUGGCGUGCACAGCUCGGCUCUGGCUGGUGGGAAGGAGGGACUGGGGGCGGAUACGCAUGCAAGCGGGUACAGCACGGAGUGCGCCGCUGCUCGCUUGGAACUUCGUUGUGGCGGGACGGGAUGCAGGCUGUGAUGGUUUCGUGGCCUAAGGAAUGCAUGUUUGGGAUUAGCCAGGCAGUUGAGACGGUUGUGGCCUCCUUUGCUUGAUGGCCCAGAUGUUGGAAGCAGGCAUUAAACCUGAACUGGCACCCAACAGAACUGCAAAGUUGUUGGGGGUCAGUUACAUCGUAACAUAUGAGUUGCGCCGUAUUCCGCAUGUGCGGCAGAUGCUUGACAAUGCAUGGCAUGAGGUGUUUGUGUUGGAUGAAGCUUGGAAUUGCGGAGGCUGCCUGCAAUACCGGUUGACGAUUUGCAGGCAGUGCCGAAAGCUGAAGGCCGGAAGGACUGCAGCUUGGGUAUGCGUGUGGCGACAAAUUGUGCGCUUGGAAGUUGGGAACUGCAUGUUGUAGCCCUCUUACACCGCCCGGGCUGGCUGCCGGUCCUAGGCGCAAUUCUAACGUAUUAUUUGUGUGGGAAUGUGGUGAGGGCGAGGGUCAACGAAGCCCCACUGUCAAAGCAAGAUGUCCCUGCGGAGCCGUAAGCCGGUGUACCAGUCCGCUGGCGAGGGCGCUGUAACAUAGUCCAUGC